AUGUACCAAUCACACCGCUUCCUAAAGGCCUUAGGGAUCCUUGACAUCAUCCAGCGUAUUAAGGAGGCGGAUGAGUCAAAUGUCCUCCUUACUAUCGCUGAGCAUGCCGGGCGACUGUUUCUAGAUGAUAUGUGGAAGAGUGCACCUGUUAACCUCCAGUUCAUUGACGGCCGUGAGGUUACCUCUGGCAUGCCUCCUAUCGACUUCCUUCUGUCGCUCGAGAAGGUUGGAGAGGCGGCGGCACGGGCGGCGGGGUCUCCGGCGGCGCAGGAGCCAGCAGCACCGGCAGGUGGGGGCGCACGGCCGGCAGGCGGUGCGGCGGCGGCGGCGGCGGCGGUGGCCACAAGGCCGGCGAUCAUGUGGGCGGAUCGCGCCGAGGUGUCGGCCGCCCGCGCCGAGGUGUCGGAGGCCCGCGCCGAGUUCUCGGCCGCCCGGGCGAGCAUCUCGGCCGCCCGGGCGGACCGAUAG